GGUUUCGCGCCAUUCGCGCGGCAUUGUGGGAUAGCAUCAGGAGGACGGCGGAGCUCCGUGUUUUCCCCACACACAAUUUUUUUCGGAUAAUAACGAUUUAUAAACAGAUCGCCGGGAUGCGUGGGGAUGAGACGGAUUCGGAGUCCGUUAGAUCGGACGACGGUUCGAUCCGCAGGAGUAUGGACGCGCUCUGUCACGAGCUUAACAUGGACGAAGAGACAGCGACUGAGGCGCUUGAAAACUUCAACUCCAUCUGGAACACAUACACACUCGAGGGUGAUGUCGUGCACUGGCUGGCGUGCUCUCUGUAUGCAGCCUGCAGAAAGAGCUCCACUCCCACUGUGGGACGGGGUGUGAUGGAGGGCAACUGUGUUUCCCUUACAAGGAUACUGCGCUCAUCUAAGCUCAGUUUAAUUCAGUUCUUCAGCAAGAUGAAGAAAUGGUCAGACAUGUCGACUCUCUCUCAGGAUUUCCGCAACCGCAUCAGCCGGCUGGAACGGAACUUUGAAGUGUCGACUGUGAUUUUUCGUAAAUUUGAUCCGAUAUUUUCGGACAUGUUUCAGAAUCCGCAAGGUGAACCUCCUCGUCUGCCUAGAAGCCGGAAACACAGACGUCUUCCGUGUCACAUCAGUGACGUAUUCAAGUUCUGUUGGACUCUCUUUGUGUAUACGAAAGGUAAUUUUCGUAUGAUCGGAGAUGACCUGGUUAACUCCUAUCACCUCCUGCUCUGCUGUCUGGAUCUGGUGUUCUGCAAUGCUCUCCUGUGCUCCAACAAAAAAGAUCUGAUCAAUCAAAACUUCAGAGGACUGCCAAAGGACUCAGAGAAUCUGAAGGAGAUGCCGUGUGUCAUUGACCGGUUGUGUGAACUGCAUGAUGGGCUUGUAGUGGAGGCCAAAGGCAUAAAGGAGCACUAUUUUAAACCCUACAUAAAGAGCCUAUUCGAGAAAAGAAUACUAAAAGGUAAUUCGGAUACUCUGUCUGAAUUACUCGAUACCCCGAACUUCCAAGACAACAACAAAGCCAUAAACCGUGAAUAUGAGGAAUAUGUCUUGACCGUGGGUGAUUUCGACGAGCGAGUGUUUUUGGGAGCCGACGCAGACGAGGAGAUCGGCACGCCACGCAAAUCCACUGCCGAACCUCCAUCAGGUCAACUGUCUGCCCGCAUGCAGGUGGAGAACAACCUACAGCAACACUUUGAGAAGACUCGAUCCCUGGCUCCCUCUACUCCUCUAACAGGUCGACGGUAUUUGAAAGAGAAGGAGGUGUUGGUCACUCCUGUUUCUUCAGCUACACAAAGUGUGAGCAGAUUGCAGAGCAUGGUGUCCGGCCUCCGCAACACACCCAGCGAUGCUCUUCUUCAGAUCUUCAAGUCCUGCUCUCGAGAUCCCACCGAAGCCAUUCUGAAUCGAGUAAAGACCAUGGGAGAGAGGUUCAAAGAGGCUUACACCAAACCUGCAGAUGAUUUGCCCGGAGCACAUAUGGAUUUUGCAGAGAAUCGCCUGAAGCUGGCUGAGAUCUUGUACUUUAAGAUUCUGGAGAACAUCAUGACGCAGGAGAUGAAGAGGCUGCAGGGAAAAGACAUGGCGGUCCUGUUAGAGCAGGAGGUGCUUCAUUGCUCUCUGCUGGCGUGCUGUCUGGAGUUGGUUCUGUUUGCAUACAGCUCGCAAAGGACCUUUCCUUGGAUACUUGAAAUAUUCAAGAUCUCUCCUUUCUACUUUUACAAGGUGAUCGAAGUGUUCAUUCGCUCUGAGGAGGGUUUGUCCAGAGACAUGGUGAAGCAUUUGAACAGUAUAGAGGAGCAGGUGCUGGAGAGCAAAGCCUGGGUCAGAGACUCGGCCCUGUGGAGCGCGCUGGACGACGCCAACCAUAAAGUUCCUACUGUGGAGGAGGUGAAUUUUCCGAGUAGCUUUGACACGGGCAACAAUAGCGGUGGUCCCACUCACCUCCCAUUGGUGGCACUAUCUCCCAUCAUGCACCCUCGCAUCAGAGAGGUCCGUACUGGCCUGGGGUCCAGUGCACGUAAAGAUGUCCCCCAGUCUCCAGUUUCUCUCCACGAUCGCUUUAGCUCUCCAGCGGCUGGCAGCGCAAAGAGACGUUUGUUUGGUGACGACCCUUCACCUCAUUCCCCUGUCAAAAGAUUCUCGGUCACCCCCAUUAAAUUCAUCCCCAGCACCAGUGAGAACAGUCAGAACAUGGUCUUCUCCAUGUCGACCACAAAUGGCCAGCAGCUGACCUUUCCUCUUCCAGUGGUCAAGGGUGAAGCAGGCGGCAUUACAGUCAUUCAGCUGCAGUCCAGUGAGUUGAACCCUCUCACUGCUCAAGUCUUACUGACCGCCUCCCCCAGCCGACCAGUGCCCCCUCCCACCGGACCUGACCCACAGCCGCCGCCCGCCACCAAACCCCGCCGCACCGGGUCCCUCGCCCUCUUCUUCAGGAAGGUGUAUCAUUUAGCCAGUGUACGAUUGCGUGAUCUCUGUCUGAAGUUGGACAUCUCUUCGGACCUGCGGGGAAAGAUCUGGACGUGUUUUGAACAUUCUCUCCUGAACUGCACUGACCUUAUGAAGGACAGACAUUUAGACCAGCUUCUCCUUUGUGCUGUCUACAUUAUAUCAAAGAUCACAAAAGAACAGCACACGUUUCAAGACAUCAUGAAAUGCUAUCGAACGCAACCUCAGGCCAAUAGUCAUGUGUACCGCAGUGUUUUACUAAAAAGACGUCCCAGAGAGCAACAAACAGACGAGAACAUGGAGGUAGAUCCACCAUCAGAUCGAUCCAAUGAGAGGACAGAACAGUUUGGCAGUGGAGAGGCCGACAGCGAAUUGGACGAAAGAGGAGACCUCAUCCAAUUCUACAACUCCGUUUACGUGUUAAAGAUGAAAUCGUUCGCUCUUAGAUACGCACAAUCGACGCUCGACAACAAGAUGGAGGCUCCUCCGCUAUCUCCGUUCCCUUCAGUUCGCGCUCAGCCUCUUUCUCCUCGCCGCGUGUCUCAGAGACACUCCAUCUUUGUGUCACCUCAUAAAAACGGCUCCAGUCUCACACCCAGCGCUGCCUACACAUACAAGUUCGCAGGAAGCCCCUCCAAGGAGCUGAAUGACAUCAAUCAGAUGAUCCGUCAGGGUGGCGUCAGUAAGAAGCGUGCCUUCACCAUGGAGGGUGAUGAGACCGAGUCUCCAUCCAAAUGCCUCCGCCAAGAGAACGAUGACGUUCUGCUCAAACGUCUCCAGGAUGUUGUGAGCGAGAGGGCGAGUCUCUGACUCGAUCGACAGUACGGUCUCAUCACAGAGCAGUUACAGUGCCAGAAACUUUAAACUUAUGUGCUCUCGAAGGUCUUGCGACAAAAAUCAGUCUCAGAGCAGCGGUGUCCCGCACACAUUGAUAUAUAAAGACUUAUACAUGCAGUUCAUCUAUCAUGAUUAAGAUUAACUUUUUACUUUUUGAUGAUCAAGUAUAAAUUUUUUGAUGAUUUAAAGUGGAUCAGGUUUUGCUAUCAUGUAAUAUCAUGAUAUGUGUAUUUGUAAUUGUUUAAUACAGAGACGUUCUGUAGCCAUAAGCUUUCUCGGUCAAAGGAACUAUGUCAUUUUUUGCAGAAGAGAGGAAAUAUUAUAACCCGUUUAUAAGUCCCGGUAUGAUGCAAUUAAGAGUAAAUUCAAAUUUUGGAGUGAUUGUAAAAUAAAAGGUUUUAUUACAAAAAAAAAGAUUAGGUGUAUAACCUUUUGAGUUAUAUUCUGGCGAAAUGCACUGUGCUAACCUUUUGAAUUAUUUGUGUAGGUUUUUUCAAACAACCUGCCAAAGGUUUUAUCUAUGUUUUAAAGCUGUAUUAUAAAUACACCGUGUGCAGCUUUAUAUUUGGAUGUGUAGUAUCUACACCUCUCAUUUAAUUUAUGCAUUGUUUCCCUCUUCAGAUUGGUUUUCGUGAAUCAGAUUGCCCUUCUGUUUAAAAUGCUUACCUUUGAACUUUUACAUUGUCGAGAUUGUAAACAUUGGGAAUUGUUUUGGAGACUUUGAUAAGCUUUGUUUAACUGUGAUAUUUUUAGUUCUCUUCCAGUGAAGUUCAAAUAUCAUUGGUCAUGCAUUUUUACCAGCUGUCUAUAUUGUGUAUUCGUUUAUAUUUGGUGCUUUGUAUAUUUUUAGCUCUGGAGUAUUUUGUGAAAUAUUAAAAUGUCUUCUAUUUGUUCAUACAGACUUUACAUAUUUUACAAUUUUGUUUUAUUAAAUAAACAUUUGAAUUAUGUUUUCCCCA